GAUUUUUGCGCUCUGUUUUAAUCGGCAUCGCGAGAGGAGGAGGAGGCGGGUAAAAUUGGGUUGAAGGCGUUGAAGGAAAUCAAGCAGCGACGGGGCCGGUGACUUUGGUUCGGCGACGGGGUGAUGGUGCCACCUCUGCCUUGAGUGCGCAGACGACGAAGAGGAGGAGGCUUUUGUGUCGCCCAUUGGCCAUGGUGACCCAGUUUUUCCUGAGCAGUGAAGAUUCGGGGAGCAUGAUCCUCCACAGAUGACAUAUCCCUUCUAGAUGCCCUCAAAAUUCCCUUCUCACCCAGUUUCUGGAUUGCCAGCUAUCUCAUCCUCGCCGUGCGCCUGUGCCUCGACAGCAUUCCUCCAAGUUUCAAACUCUCUCCCCCUUCCAGUUGGUGCAUAGCAGGUUUAAGCUGGUGACUGUUACCCAAUACUCUCUCCUCCUCCUCCUCCUCCUUUCUCCCCCCAAGGCCUGCCAGAACCGCCAGCCUUGGAGCGUGCAGCUGACCGGAGGUUGUGUUUUUCGUGAAUUGAACUGCAUGUGCCCGGGGUUUGUGCUUGGCGAUGGUUGACGGGGUUCGAUUGCCAGCGGAUGAUCCAAGGUGCCUUUGCGAGUAGAUCAUCGGGCACGGCAGAGUGUGGUGCGAAUUGAUUUGACGUAGCAUUCUGGCACAGGCAUUGACCACUAUGGAGGUCUCAUCAAUGGGGAUCCUUGCCCGAGAGCCAUUACCACCAUGCAUGAGUGUGUUGUGUGGAGAGACCCUUGGUGGUGUUGCAUCGAGAUUGCGUGGUGGUGGCCAUAGCAUUCAUCGCAAGGGUCAGGUGAAAUCGCAAGGCAUUAGAGGUGAGCAUGUCGCCUGGGACGAAAGCUCGAGUAAAAAUACAUGGGGACUUCAAACACGAGUGCCCAAUGAACCUCAGAUGGUACCCCAAACUGGCAGCCGCCACAUGCUUCACGCCCUUUCAACUGCCUCAGUGGUAAGGCCGGUCGAAGAAGCUCGAAGCCUUGAUACGUGGAGGCUGGAUGAAGAACUCAGGGAGCUCAAGAGUCUUAGGAAAAGCCUGCAAUGUGCAGCGAGCUUCGAGGAGAAGAUGAGCAUUGUAGAUCGGAAUAGGCGAGUUCGGGCAUUGUUCGGCGGAUAUGGACGAUCAGGAAUUUAUGUUAACCCUGUAGUAGACUUAGCUAUGCGGGUGUUAAAUGGUAAAGACCUUUUCCUUUUGAAGUGUAUGGUAGCGUCUGGGCAGGAUCACGUACUGGAUAUCCCGCCAGACUUAUUGGCUGCAUUUUUUGAUAGCCAUGAGGCGGGCCAUUCUCAUGUUUCGCCAGUUUCGCACGAACAGCCAUCAGGUAACCCGGUGAAGAGCGCUUUCUCGAUGUUGGCUAAUUUCAUCAAGAGCUGGGACAAGUCUUCUGAUGUUCCAGUUUUCAUUUCACCCGGAGACUUGAUACCCUUCAUGACUGAAUCGAAGCAUUCUACGGACAUGGAGCAUGAUAAGGCAUUAUCUGGUGGAAGUACUGCCGCCGUUGCAAGGUUCACAGAAUCUAUGAAUUAUUUGGUUCGCAUUCUGGAGCGGAUGGAGAAAUUCUACGACAGCAUCGGUGGUAUUAUUGGAUAUCAAGUAGCGGCUCUUGAGCUUAUAAAAGCCUCAGAACUAGAGGCGGAUAAGUCGAAUCCUCAGUGGACCAGGCGUGGAGCAGUAGGCGCAGGGCAGCUGAAGAAGAGGUUCUCUGUUCCUCAUGGGCCUGACCUUGCCAAAGAUCACAAGUAUGCCAAUCAAGCUGCAAGCUGGGGUCUUGAGGGACUCCCAGACAUGGCUGAAAUCUACCCCCUUGGUGGAGCGGGCGAUCGCCUUGGAUUGGUCGAUGAAGUGACAGGGGAGUGCUUGCCUGUUGCCAUGCUGCCUUAUUGUGGACGCACGUUAUUGGAGGGGCUGAUUCGGGAUCUGCAGGGCAGAGAAUAUUUACAUUACAAGGUCCAUGGAGUUCAAAGUAUCACACCAAUAGCCAUUAUGACAAGCUCUGCCAAGAAGAACAAUGAACGUGUGCAUGCAUUGUGUGAGAACCUUGGAUGGUUUGGACGGGGCAAACAAAAUUUUCGAUUGUUUGAACAGCCAUUGGUACCGACAGUAGCAGCAGCUGAUGCGCGUUGGAUGGUCAGUGACCCUCUUACGGCAGUGCUCAAACCAGGAGGGCAUGGUGUUAUUUGGAAGUUGGCCAGUGAUGAGGGUGUGUUCCAGUGGUUAUCAGGACUUGGUCGGAAAGCAGCAAUUGUUCGGCAAAUUAGCAAUCCUAUGGCAGGCGUGGACACAACCUUAUUAGCCUUGUCUGGUAUCGGGCUAAAACAUAACAAGAAAUUCGGAUUCGCAUCCUGCCGUCGAAAUGUUGGGGCUGCGGAAGGCGUUAAUGUUCUUACAGAACAGAGGAACGGGGAUGGUUCAUGGGAAUACGCAAUUACAUGUAUAGAAUAUACGGAGUUCAGCAAACUCGGGAUUGCUGACGUGCCAGUUUCUUCUGGCAGCUUGGAGGCACAGUAUCCUGCCAAUACCAAUGUAUUGUACGUAGAUCUGGCAGCAGUGGAGCGUAUUGCAUCCAGUCGAACUGCAGCUUCUCUGCCCGGAAUAAUUAUGAACUUGAAGAAGCCUACCGUCUUUUAUGAUCAACAUGGCUUGAAACACAGUGUCCAGGGUGGUAGGAUCGAGUGCACUAUGCAGAAUAUUGCGGACUCGCUUGUAAAUCGACGAUCUUCUAUCAUUUCACCUGAAGAACACGAUGAAUUGGAUACUUACGUGAUCUACAAUGAGAGGCGAAAGGUGACCUCCUCUGCAAAGCGGCGAAGGAAACCUAAUGAUGCCUCAUUGCACCAGACUCCAGAUGGGUCAUUUUUGGAUGUGACAAGGAAUGCAUAUGAUUUGUUGAGAUCGUGUGGGGUUGUCAUGCCUGAGAUGUCAGGAAAUCACUGCUACGUAGACACUGGGCCUCCAUUCAUCGCCUUGCUCCAUCCAGCGUUGGGUCCUGUAUGGGACGUCACUCGCCAGAAGAUAAAAGGUGGCUCAAUUGCAGAGAGAUCAGAGUUGCAGCUUGAGAUCGCUGAAUUCAGUUGGCGCGAUGUGGAGUUGAGCGGCAGUCUCCUGGUCCAAGCCACCAAUGCCAUGGGUUCGGUUCAAGAGGGCAUUGUACAGUACGGCAUUGGGUGUGGUCGCUGUCGGUUGCAUGGUGUGCACAUCCGAAACAAGGGUGUUGAUUGGGAUGGUAAGAGCAACGUUUACUGGCAGCAUCAAGUGCACAGACAUGAGGCUUUAGAGAUUAUCCUGCAUGGCAAUGCGGAAUUUGAAGCCUUUGAUGUUGUGCUGGAGGGUUCUCACAGGUUUGAGGUGCCAGAUGGUCACUGUAUGCGGGUGACUUCAGGGGCAUCAGGACUCUCGUAUAUGACGACACCCCUAGCAGGCGAGGCGGCAAAUACAGGCACCUGGUUCUGGCAAUAUGAAGUGGAUAUUGUUGGACAGUUCGUCUUAAACAUGGUAGAAAGUUGAGUUGGGUGCACCUAUUUUCAAACAAAUGUCUGCAAUUCCGUUGAGUUGGUCAUGGGACAGUUCUUUUGUGAAUACUCACCAGUCGUCAGGCCUUAUUUUUAGUCAAUCACUGCAUGGUGUGUAGUAUACAAAUCUUAGAUCAUAUUGUUUAUUUUAUCUAGUGGGCAUUGCACUAUUUCACAUAGGCAGAGGGCAUUCAAUCGAUGCCCACUGACUAAGGGACUCUCCUCGAGUCCAUAAUGUAGAAUGGCUAGUUGUAGAGAUUGACAUUUGGUACCUUCAGUCUCUCACUGAAGUGUAAAAAAUUGGACCCAGAAUUGUGGCCGAUUGAUGAGAAUUUUGACUUGUUUUAAAUCGUG